GCCACUCAGUCAGAACCUCACAGACCUGCCCGGGCCUCCAUGGGACAUUUCUAGGUCGCCGCCGGAGGCUGACAGGGACGGGGCACGGCGCCAGGGGUCCCAGGUGCAGACCUCCACCCGCUGGAGUCUUGCCACCCAGCUUGGUCCUGCACAGGGACCAGCCCUGGCCUGAGACAAGUCGCGGCAGCCCACAGCCUGUUUCUAUGACUCCAUCUGCACCCGGCUGGCUGCGGGCACGAGCUCCAAGGGGCUGCCUGGCUCUCGGCGGGACCGCAGCCCGCUCUCCAGCCACCGCGGCGAAUGCUGGGAGCUGAGCGCCAGGCUCUGUGGCCUCAGCGGGGGCGUCAGGACCUGAUGGAGAACAAAGCCAUGUACCUGCACACCGUGAGUGACCGGGACACUGGCUCUGUCUUCGAGGAGCCCUUUGACGGCCGGAGCCUGUCUAAGCUGAACCUGUGUGAGGACGGACCAUGCCACAAACGGCGGGCAAGUGGCUGCUGUACCCAGCUGGGCUCCCUGUCGGCCCUGAAGCAUGCUGUCCUCGGCCUCUACCUGCUGGUCUUCCUGAUUCUUGUGGGCAUCUUCAUCCUCGCAGUGUCCAGACCCCGAAGCUCCCCGGAUGACCUAAAGGUCCUGACUCGGAAUGUGAACCGGCUCAACGAGAGCUUCCGGGACUUGCAACUGCGGCUGCUACAGGCUCCGCUGCAGGCCGACCUGACCGAGCAGGUGUGGAAAGUGCAGGAUGCGCUGCAGAACCAGUCGGACUCGCUGCUGGCGCUGGUAAGCGCGGUGCAGCGGCUGGAGGGCGCGCUGUGGGGGCUGCAGGAGCAGGCCACGCAGACCGAGCAGGCGGUGGCCCUGCUGCGUGACCGCACCGGCCAGCAGAGCGACGCGGCGCAGCUGGAGAUCUACCAGCUGCAGGUGGAGAGCAACCGCAGCCAGCUGCUGCUGGGGCGCCACGCGGGCCUGCUGGACGGGCUGGCACGCAGGGUGGGCGUCCUGGGCGAGGAGCUGGCCGACGUGGGCGGCUCGCUGCGGGGCCUCAACCACAGCCUGUCCUACGACGUGGCGCUGCAACGCACGCGGCUGCAGGACCUGCAGGUGUUGGUGAGCAACGCUAGCGAGGAUACGCGCCGCCUGCGGCUGGUGCACCUGGGCAUGGAGCUGCAGCUGAAGCAGGAGCUGGCCACGCUCAACACGGUCACCGAGGACCUGCGCCUCAAAGACUGGGAGCACUCCAUCGCGCUGCGGAACAUCUCCCUCGCCAAAGGGCCACCAGGACCCAAAGGUGAUCCAGGGGAGGAAGGCAAGGAAGGCAAGACUGGCAUCCCUGGCCUACCUGGAGCCCGAGGUCUGCCAGGUGAACGGGGUACCCCAGGACUGCCUGGCCCCAAGGGCGAUGACGGCAAGCUGGGGGCCACUGGCCCAAUGGGCUUGCGUGGGUUCAAAGGUGACCGAGGCCCAAAAGGAGAGAAGGGCGAGCGAGGAGACAGAGCAGGGGACACGAGUGGCGUGGAAGUCCCGAUGAUCCGCCUGGUGAAUGGCUCAGGCCCACAUGAGGGCCGCGUGGAGGUGUACCAUGACCGGCGCUGGGGCACCGUGUGUGAUUACGGCUGGGACAAGAAGGACGGGGACGUGGUGUGCCGCAUGCUGGGCUUCCGUGGAGCGGGGGAAGUGUACCGGACAGCUCGCUUUGGGCAAGGUACAGGGAGAAUUUGGAUGGAUGACGUCGCCUGCAAGGGCACAGAGGACACCAUCUUCCGCUGCAGCUUCUCCAAAUGGGGGGUGACAAACUGUGGGCAUGCUGAGGAUGCUGGGGUCACAUGCAAUAGAUACUAAAAGCAGGCACAACCCAAGGUCAGGGCCCUACACCUGAGCCUCCGUCCUGCAUUUUUGGGGUGGGGGUAUCACUUGGGGCUACCCUGGCCACGCCUCUGCUCUGCCCAGUCCAAUCCCCUCAGUCCCCGUAGCCCUAUGCCAGGACUGUGGUGGCCUGUUGUCACUCUCCUUUCAGACAUCUGCUCCCAAGUCCUCUGUGGGAUCUGCUGCCUGUCUCUCCUUCUGCCAGGGUUUCUGAGUGAAGAGCCCUGGCCACUGGGACCACCACUUGGCUCAGGUGGCCACCAUUCCCAGGGCCCAGUAUCUAUGCUCUUCUUGGUCUCUUGGUUCCAGAUGAAUGUCCAGAAGAUCUCAGAGACAAAGGCAGCUGUGGAGAUGGGAGGAAUGAUGGAUCAUUUAUUCAUCAGAUAAUUUCCAAACCUCAGUUAGGCCAAGAGUUUCAAUAUCCUCCUCCCCAGCAAGUGGUUUAAUCUUGAUUGACUUGGUCUCCCCUCUUUAUUCAGUCUCCACACACUGUACCUUAAUUUGUGGUCACACACACGCACACACACACACACACACACACACACAGAGCUGUAGAAGCAAGCGGGAAAUCCAAAAUUCCUGCAGAAACCCAGCAGGGGAGAAGGGGAGGGAAUCCAGCAUUUCUUGAAUGACUACAGUGGUGUGCUAAUAGUGUCUUGGGUGCUAAAUUCACUUAUCCACUUUGCCACAUUGGUACAAGGUACAUCAGUCUGGGUAAGAACCUACCUCCAGGUAAUACUCAACUGGUCCUUCCAUCUGACUUCCAAGUCAGAAGAUCAAGAAUGACUGAACCAAGGUCCCACCUGUACUUUGGCAUGUCUUGGCUAGACCUUAGCUUGGGCCAGACACAUGGGUGGUUAGAAAGUUGCAUAUGGAAAACCCCAUGCUGUGUGGCGCACGAUUAGGCUUGAGGGGCACCCAAGUUAACCAUUCGUGCAGGAGGAGAGCUGAUUUGGAGGGUAACAUAGGGGCUGCCCGAGUCAACCUGAGUCCAUUGCUUCACCAUUGGGCACUCAGGGUAAACGCCAUGGUGGCUGUGUCUCAGAGCUGUUGGCAGGUCACACUGCAUCUUCCAGGCCCCUUCAAGUGUGAUCCUGUGGUGAGGAGAAACACACAUUCUGAAGGAUCUUACUGGAGUGACCAAAGUUAGGGGUCUCUGGAUCCUCCAAGGAGCAUGACAGCCAUGGGUCUCUGCACAUGUGCAACUCCACAUGUCAGGGAGCUCAUACUGUGCUGUUCCCAUGGGGAGGGCUUGAACUGGGUCAUGUACAAGUUCUAGACCUGGGGGAGCCACAUGGCAGUGAGUGGGUGCAGACACACCUCACUUCAGGAGAAUCAAACUCAGUCAGGUCUCAGAUACAGGAUCACCUGUCACAUCAGGUGAGCAGCACUCUGCCUGGACAAAGUGGGCCCUGUGCUUCUGCAGCCACUGGUGCAGCAAAGGCCCCAGCUGACAACCAAGCCAGUAUGUGCUCUCGGUCGUUCUUUGCUUACAGUACGCUUGUGAUUAAUGUCCUAGUGAUCAGAGAUUUCUUCUGACCCACUGCUAUGUUUACACGAUGCGCAUGUACUCAUGCAUUUUCUUGCAGAGCCAAUAUAUGUAUGUAUAUAUAACAUAGCACUCUUUAUUACGUAGCUCGGCACUUGCAAAAUUUGUGUUAGAAAAAUACGAAAGGCAGGAAAAUGUCACUUUAAAAAUCACCAACUUGGUUUUGACAAAGAACCUAGGUGCCCUACCCAUGAAAAAUCAUACGAUUUCCGUAUUUGGUCUUUUCCUUUGGGAAAACUCGUUUUGUCAAAAACAAUGUUGAAAUGUUAAAUGGUUGAACCUUUAAAGUAAAAGUCGACUAGUUUACAUACCUAUCUAAGAGGACAUGGAAAUGACCAUGGACCUGUAUUUCAGGGACUAGAGGAAUUAGGCCUGGCCUAAGUAUACCAGACCUUUUGUAAAAAAGAAUUUCAAUAAAGUGAAAAACAUGUCAUUAAUAAGUGCCACCCUGUGGUGUUUCUCAUGAAAACUCAAGGUGCGUGGAGAACACAGAUGGAACUGGAUGGUUGGGCCAUAUUUCCGUGGAGAUUGGUGAGCUGUUCAUGAAAAGUUGUCUUAAUUCUUCUAUAGGACAAUGAACACUCUUUAGAUCAAGACAGUGAUAGAACAUGUCUCAGUGUGCAUUGUUUUGCUUUGCUUUGCUGUGUUGUGUUGUGUAUGUUGUGUUGUGUUGGU